GCGCACACUCCCCUGUCUAUUUCGAUUAGGUAAACAUGUGUAAAAAACUAGCUAACAUUAAUCCUUUAUUAAAGCUUUUUAUUGUCAGGAUAAAUAAAUUUCUCCAUUAAGACAAGCAAUGUGGUAAAAUCUGAUUAAAUUAUUAGGCACGUCAAUUGAUAUUCAAAUGGAAAUGGCACAAAAGUUGACAAGUUUUGCUUCAAACUUAAAGUAUAUGACAGGAUUUAACAAUGAAUUCUCAUCAGAAGCUAUAGAAAACACACUUCCACCAUAUGGGAAUACACCUCAAAAAUGUCCUUAUGGGUUAUAUGCUGAGCAGCUAAAUGGAACUUCUUUUACAAGCCCUCGAACACAUAAUAAAAGAACAUGGUUUUAUCGAAUUCUUCCAUCUGUUAAACAUAAACCAUUUGAGCCAUAUAAUAUGGGAAAUUUUAAUGGUGACUGGAACAAUCGAUUUCCUAACCCUAAUCAGAUUAAGUGGGAUCCUUUUGAGCUACCUGAAGAUCCUAUAGAUUUUGUUGAUAGUCUCUCUACUUUGUGUGGUUCUGGUGAUGAAAAAUCACGCCAUGGGUUAGCCAUACAUAUAUAUAGCUGCAAUAAAUCAAUGAAUGAUAAAUGCAUGUAUAAUGCUGAUGGAGACUUUUUGAUCGUGGCUGAGAAAGGAGUGCUUGGCAUAACUACAGAAUUUGGAAAACUUUUAAUUCAGCCAGAAGAAAUAUGUGUAAUUCAGCAAGGCAUGCGUUUUUCAGUGCAUGUAGAAGAACAAUGUAGAGGUUAUGUGUGUGAAGUCUAUGACAAUCAUUUUGUUUUACCUGAUCUUGGUCCUAUAGGUGCUAAUGGUCUUGCCAAUCCAAGAGAUUUCCAAACUCCAGUUGCUUGGUUUGAUAAAGAUUAUUUUAAACCAGAUGGCUUCAAAAUCAUUGCAAAGUAUCAAGGCAAAUUAUUUAAAGCUGAACAAGAUCAUACUCCUUUUGAUGUUGUUGGUUGGCAUGGAAAUUAUGUACCAUACAAGUAUGAACUAAAGAAGUUUAAUGUCAUCAACACAGUGUCUUUUGACCACAUUGAUCCAUCAAUUUUUACUGUUCUAACAUGUCCAAGCUUGAAACCAGGUACUGCUUUGUGUGAUUUUGUCAUUUUUCCGCCUCGUUGGUCUGUUGCAGAAAAUACUUUUAGACCACCAUAUUAUCAUAGGAACUGCAUGACUGAAUUUAUGGGAGUAUUGAGUGGACAAUAUGAAGCAAAAAAGAAUGUGUCUACUGGUUCAAGCACACUUCACAGUAUGAUGACUCCUCAUGGUCCUGCUGCAAGUGUCUUUGAGAAAGAGUUAGAACGAAAAACUGUACCUGAGCGAGUAGCUGAAGGCUCUUUGGCUUUUAUGUUUGAAACAUAUCUUGGUUUGGGCUUAACAGAAUGGGGCGAAAAUACAUGCAAAAAAAGAGAUGAAAGUUAUUACAAAUGUUGGGAAGAUCUUAAAUCUCAUUUCACAGAACUUCGUGUGUAGACAUCACAAAAAAUUUUAUGAGGAAGCUUUAUAUCUUUUUUUUUUCUAAAAAAAAUUAUACAUAUUUCUCUUUUUUUUACAAGUUUUGUUUUAAAACUUAUUUUUUUUAAAUCAAAUUUUUACUAUGGCAUUUUGGUGAAGAAUUUUUCUAUUAUGUAUUUUUUUUAUAAUUAAAUUUCUUAAAAUAUAUUUCUGUUUUUUUUG